AUGAGUUUGUUCUGGGAAUUACUACAAAAGAAGAUCGCUAGCGUAUUUAUAGAGCCAUCGAACAGGAACCAGGGCACAUCUUUCGUUAUCACAGUUGUUAUUAUUGUUGCGACGGGAGCAUACUUGAUUUUUAAGAGUAGAAAGUUUGUCAUGGCCAGUCUUCCAAGCAUUGGAGAUAUAACAAGCUAUAAUGCUUCGAAUGCCAUUCGUCGAUGGAUGCCCAGAGGUGGCCAGAUGGAUGCGGAAGUGCUAAAAAGAGGGGGCUAUAUAGCCGGGUUGGUGAAUGACGGCAAUACCUGUUUUAUGAACUCGGUGAUUCAAUCGCUGGCAUCCUCUGAGGAGUUGGUGAAGUUUCUGGACAACGUGAUAGCCAAGAAGCAGAGGAUAGACGCUGGUGGGGAGUCCGAGGAGGAAGAGAAAGCAGUCUUGGAAGAGAACAAUCUGCAGGGGAGGAAGAGCAAAGGCAAAAUCUAUGGAAGGGCGAAAAAACAUGCGAAUCGCAAACUGGCUAAUGGAAAGCACGAAGAGGAGACUGAGCCUGAUGUGACUUUUAGUCUUGCCUUGAGAGAUAUGCUUGAUAAACUGAACUUCAAAUAUUACAAGGAUAGACCAUGUUUCAAGACGAAUAAACUAUUGAAGGUGAUGUCGAAGUCUCCAAACAAGAACAUGCUUCUUGGCUACGAUCAAGAGGAUGCCCAAGAGUUCUUUCAAACCAUUUUGUCGGAAAUAGAGAGAAAUGCAAAGUCAGUGGAUGCGAAGGAGCCUGAGAGACAACCCAUCGCAGAAGAGGAUCUACCCGAAGGCGCAGUAAUUGGGCAGGCGCACUUAAAUGUAGUUGGAGACGUGUUUUUACCGGCAGAGCAGAUCGAUCCGAACUUGUUACUGACUAAAGGGGGAAAGAAGUUCUAUACACCGUAUAGAUUGGUUACGCCUUUCGACGGUAUUACGGCUGAAAGGAUCGGUUGUCUACAGUGUGGUGAAAAUGGCGGAAUAAGAUAUUCUGUUUCUUCCGGGCUGAGUUUGAAUUUGCCGAACGAAGACAUCGGGUCAACAGUCAAGCUUUCAGAUCUGAUGAAUGAGUGGAUAAAACCAGAGAUUAUCGAAGGCGUUGAAUGUAACCGUUGUGCAUUGGAAGCUGUUCGUGAGCACCUUUUGGAGCAACUAAAGCAAUACGAAUCAAAAGGCGACUCAAUACCUGAGAAAUUAUUAAAAGCAUUCCAAGCCAGAGUUGAAGAGCUGGACCGCAGUUUAGCUCAACCAGUUGUAAGUGAUGAAGAUUACAAGAGGCUUCACACGGAAAAUAUGGUUCGCAAAUGCUCGAAAUCGAAGCAAAUACUGUUCUUACGCCCAUCUCCUUUAUUGUCGAUUCAUAUCAACAGGUCUGUUUUUGAUCCUCGGACCUAUAUGAUAAGAAAGAAUAAUGCCAAGGUCCUGUUCAAGUCAAGACUCAAUCUGUCUCCGUGGUGCUGUGAUAUAGAUGAAAUCAAUCUGGAUGCCCGUUUACCGAUGUCCAAAAAGGGAGACAUUGCUGCGGAUUCGAGCGAUGAAGAAAACGUAGGUAACGAAUACUACACUAGAUUGCAUCAGACUUAUGAAAGGGAAUUUGAAGACGAGGACGAGGACGAGGACGAGGACGAAGAAGAAGAAGAAGAAGAGGGAGAUAGCCGUUAUGUGAACAGAGAUGUCAGUAAUUACGAUCCCUUGAACGGUGAAGCCGAUAGCGCAUCCUCUUUCUCCAACAUUGAUCAUGAGGAUCGGAGCGACGAAGAAUAUUUGGAAGAGACUGAUGCGUUGGGAAACACUAUAACAAAGAGAAUACCCAAAGACCGUAUCGAUGGCGGACUCGACGAAAGCAAAGAAGCAAUUCACAUUGACGGUGAACAGGACGGCGCCAAUCACAUAUCCUCUGAAAGCGACGACGAAGAAGAGGAGCAAACUGCUCCUCCGCCGCCAGCUAUGGCGGCGCCUAUACGGUCAACGGUGCCAUCCGGGCCCUUGACCUAUGUCCUGCGCUCUGUGAUUGUUCAUUACGGUACACAUAAUUACGGACAUUACAUUGCAUUCAGAAAGUAUAGAAACAUCUGGUGGAGAAUCUCAGAUGAGACUGUGUACACCGUUGAUGAAGCUGAGGUCCUCUCGACGCCUGGUGUGUUCAUGUUAUUCUACGAGUACGAUUACGACGAAAGCUCAGGGGAGAUGAAGGAAGAUAUGGCAGACGAAGAAGACAUCGACGAAAAGUCUCUGGGGCAAGUAGAGGACAACUGCGCCAGUGACGUAUCACCAGAAUCUGACGCCGGUAAGGAUAACGAUGGAGAAACCGCAGAAUAA